AUGGCGGGGGCUCGGCGCCCGCUCAGGCAGCUACGCUUCGGGGAAGACCUCCACUCCACUCCGCUCGGAACCGGCUCCGGCUCGGGGGCGGGAAGCUGCCACCCGGCACCUCCUCCACCUCCUCCUCGCGCAGCCGCCGCCGCCCGCCCACUUCCGGGCCACGCAGGAACCGGAAGUAAAGUCUUCCCGUCUGAGGAGCAGGCGCCCAAUCGCGCGCAGGCCCAGCACGUGGACGCCAUAACUGCGCACUUCGGCUUCGCUCCUGCACCCGAGGAGCCCCUGGCCCUGGAGGGGACCGGGGCGGGCACACUCGCCGACUCCGGCGCUGCCCUGGGCAAUACACCGAACCCAAGUAUUCUCCAGAGCGCGGGAAGAAGACGCGGGCACUGCUGGGCGGGUCUCCGGCUCCUCGGGGCGGGGCUCGGAGGGCUGGACCAGAGCGUUCCUCGCGCGGGCGUGGGGCGGAAGGGGCGGAGCCAGGGCUGCCCCGCUAGCGUUAUUGACCACGCCCGCCGCCACCCGGCUGUAGUUGUGGAGGUCAGCCCCGCCCUUUCCUCUUUUCCUCUGAGAAGGCGGCGGAGUCCGACUCUACAGUUAUGGCCUAGACCAGGAGAGGUGCGCGCGCUCUGCCGGGGCCUCCGUCUUUUCCUCUGCGGAAUGGGGGUAGUGGCCCAGUCUCGCAGCAGGCCUGGGCGAGGGCGCGCCUGCUGCGGUCUGGGUUGCCCUGCCCAAGGCACGGCCAAGAUUAAGGCUCGAGACCUUCGCGGCAAGAAGAAGGAGGAGCUGCUGAAACAGCUAGAGGACCUGAAAGUGGAGCUGUCCCAGCUACGCGUGGCUAAAGUAACAGGCGGCGCGGCUUCCAAACUCUCCAAGAUCCGUGUUGUUCGCAAAUCCAUCGCCCGUGUACUCACCGUCAUUAACCAGACUCAGAAAGAGAACCUCAGGAAAUUCUAUAAGGGCAAGAAGUACAAGCCCCUGGAUCUGCGGCCCAAGAAAACGCGUGCCAUGCGCCGCCGGCUCAACAAACAUGAAGAGAACCUGAAGACCAAGAAGCAGCAGCGGAAGGAGCGGCUGUACCCACUCCGGAAGUACGCGGUCAAGGCCUGAGCAUCCAGGUGUCAAUAAAACAAACAAACUGGCUG